AUGGAGGAGCGGAAGAGGGUCAGGGCUACCAUGGCUCACCUUCAGCGUGAGGUCGCGGCUCUGAAGCAGGCGUGGAUGGGUGACCCGAGCUGUGCUCGCCUGAAGGGGUUGCUGGACGAAAGGGAGUCGCAGCUCGAAGGUUACCAGCUGGUGCGGCAGGAGCGUCUGCACAUGAUGGCAGGAAUGAAAGAGGAGGUCUCGGGGGAGGUCGCGUCUCCAUUUUUGUCUGCAAAGAUUGAAGCACGGAAGGAGCGUACACAGAUCUCGCAGUUGGACGUUGGAGGGCAGCAGGCUGCUGACAACAAGGGUAUUUUAGGUGCAGCAUCGCAGUACUACAGGAAUCUGUUCGGGACGGACAGGCGGCAGACGGAGACUGCUUGGUUUCUGGCUGACGGGAAGAAGUUGUCACAAGCGCCGGUGAUCGACGUGUCUGCAGACUGGACGGAGAAGGAGGUGAAGCGUGCUUUCCGUUCGAUGGCAAAGAACAAGGCUCCUGAGAAGGACGGGCUGUUGCAGGAGCUUUUCGAGGACGCCAUCACCAUCCUGCUGCAUAAGAAAGGGGGGCGGGAUCAGUUAGAGAAAUACCAGUCGAUUACGCUGCUGAGUUUCACCUACAAGGUGCGGGCGCGGGUGGUUGCAGACAAAAUGAAGAGUGUGUUACAUGAAGUGAUCUCUUCGGAGCAGUAUGGCUUCUUACCAAGUCGAAGGCUGUCAGAUGCGGUGGGCCUUGUCACGGAUGUUAUUGAGGCGGCUAAGAACAAGGAUGAAGACUGGUAUCUUCUGCUAGUGGACGUUAGGAAGGCUUUCGACUUGGUCUCGAGAGACUUCUUGUUCUCGGUGCUAGAAAGAAUGGGUUUCCCUAGCCGGUUCAUAGUCUGGUUGCGCGACCUGCACAAGGACACACGUACAAGCCUGUUAAUCAACAGGUGGAUGGGCGAGGCGGUGGAAGUGGUGUCGGGAGUGCGCCUAAAUUGCCCGCUGGCGCCGUACCUUUUUCUGUGUGUGGUCGAGCCGUUGGCGCAAGAGGCUGCGAACCGAAAGCUGGGUCUCACGAGGGGCGACCAGCGUCUGGCGUACAUGGGCUACGCGGAUGGCACAACUCUGUUCCUGCAAGGGGAGGUGCAGAUAGAAAAGGCUGAAAAGCUGUUAGAGGACUUUGAAGAGGAGUCAGGCCUGGCUACGAACAAAGAGAAGUCGUCGAUCUUACCUCUGGGGAGGAACCUGGAUAAGCAGUCCGACAGAACUGACGGCUUCAAAUGGGUGAAGUCGAAUGAAGCCGAGCGGCUUCUGGAGGUGUCCCCGUCGCCGGUGGACGUAUGGGAGAGGAUCCUGAAGCUAACGCAUGAUUUCAUGUCUGGUAACCGGGCUACCACGGACAAGGGUUUCAUUCUGUGGAGCCGUGAGCUGCUAUACAUGGCGAGAGAGGACGAGGGUGUGGGUGUGUGUGACAUGGAGAUUGCGCUCACCUUCCUCACGGCUACGCGAAUUGGUCUGCUUCUUACCGAGACCAACGUGCUGAAGCGAGACAUAAUGCUUCAAGCAGGGGACCUACCGCUGGGGACGGACCCUUCGUAG